AUGUGGGUAGAAAAUGCCAAAAGCAAAGCUGAUAUACCAUCUCCUGUUCUUCUCUAUAAGCAGCAAGAUGUCAAACAAAUUGAUGAAUUAAAUGAUUUUUCGAAAAGUGACUUUGCGAUUGGUAUACAGACCACUUUUCAACGAGAUAUGUUAAUGAAAUUUGGAAGUGAAGCUAUUUGUAUGGAUAGUACCCACAGUACGAACGUUUACGACUUUUGUCUUGUGACGAUUCUCGUUUUAGAUGAUUUUGGAGAGGGUGUACCUGUGGGAUGGAUGAUUUCAAAUCGUGAAGAUGCAGCAGCACUUAGGCAAUUCUUGCUUAAAGUAAGAAAUGUAUGUGGAGAUAUACAAACGAAAGUUUUCAUGAGCGAUGAUGCUGAUAACUUCUAUAACGCGUGGAAGAGUAUUUUUACUGUAUCGAAAACGAAGAAAUUAAUCUGUGCAUGGCAUAUAGAUAAGACCUGGAGAAAAGGAGUUCAAGAGCACAUCACAGUCAAAUCAAAACAAGCAGAAGUCUAUCACCAUCUUAGAGUUUUACUUGAAGAAGUUACCAAAGGUACUUUUCACCUUAGACUCCAGCAAUUUAUUUCAUGGCUCUCGAAUGAUGAUGACUUACUAGCUUUUCUCGACUAUUUUCGGAAACAGUAUGUACCAAAGAUUGAGCAAUGGGCUCCUUGCUACAGAGGUGCCACGACAGUCAAUACCAAUAUGGCAAUCGAAUCCUUUCAUCGCUUACUUAAAGUUUGCUACCUUGAAAAAAAGCAAAACCGUAGAGUAGAUCAUCUAUUACAUAUCCUUCUAAAGAUAUCUCGUGACAAAACAUUCGAACGCCUCCAGAAAACCCAGAAAGGCAAAUUGUCUCAUCGGAUCAGUGAGGUUAAUAAGAGACAUAGAACAGCCCAAAACAUGAAUGCAUCGGAAGUGAUUAUCUCAAACACUGGAGCUACUUGGAGAAUUAAGCCUACAGUACCUGAUUCUCAGGAAAAGUUUUAUACUGUGGAAAAAAUUUCUGAUGCUUGUUCGUGUUCAUGUAGGAUUCGAUGUAGUACUUGCGAUGUAUGUGUCCAUUCAUAUUCUUGUACUUGUAUGGACUAUCUCAUUCAUUCCACAAUUUGUAAGCAUAUUCAUCUUGUGGAAAUGUCUUUUAACAACGUCGAGAAUAUCAUAACGGUGGACGAUACUUGUACCAUUAAUGAAGAAAGAAUAUCGUUGGAUGUACAGCCAAAUGAUGAAUUGGAAGCUCCUAGUACCGAAUUAUUGACAGAAGAUACAUGUAGUAUAGAGACUCCUGAUAUCUCAUCCUUACAAUACUUAACACAUCAGAUUCACAAUCAAGACAGUAUUAAUGACGUAUCAGUGAUGAAAGAGAAAGCUAUUUCCACUUGUAAGAAGGUAGAAUUGGCUUUGCGAGACUGUACAAAUAUUGAAGCAAUAAAGGCAGGGAGGAAACACUUAAAUGCUGCGUUUACAGUACCAGGAGAAUCACUCAGUGAAGGAAAGCUCAUCUAA